UAUAUGUUGAUAUUCAUUUGUUAUAUAAUAUGUGUCAUUAUUUUAUUAAAUAGCCAUCAGGCUAUCACCAUUAAUCAGUGAAAGUAUGUGUGCACAUUUUUUUUUAACUCAACACACAAAUUCAGAAACACAAAUCCUGUGGACCCCGUCAUUUUAGUUUUGUAUGCAGUGUGUAUGCUGCUUUUCUUCAAUCUUUGCACAAAAGAAAUGAUCACAUCGCUUCUUCAAAAUGAAUGCACGUUCCCACUGCCUUGAGUUAAGCGUUGAAGGCUUCCAAGUAGAUGAAGCUGUCUCCUGUCUUUUUCAUACUGUACUUCUACAUCGAUCACUUGGAAAAUUUUGUUUCGCCCCUGACGGCACUUACACCAUGGGCACUGUAGGCUUACAAGAUGUUGACUGUGAUUUCAUUGACUUUACAUACAUAUGUUGUUCAUCACCACAUUUAGAUCGCAAACUUCGAAAUGACAUUUCAGAAUUUUCUGAAUGUCUCAGGCGUGAUAAUCACACUUUUGGACAAAUCACAUUGGAGUUUUUUCAAAAAAAAAAAGCUAGGUGGCCAUUUCAACCAGAGUGUACACCUUGGGAAGUGUGGAACGUGCGUGUUGAUUUGUUGAAAAUUUGUAAUGAAACUAAUAGACAAAUAUCGAAAGAAAAAAUCAGUGACUCUUUGAGUGACAAAAUAAUUUAUAUAGCGGAAAUAAUGAACAGGCAUGAGUAUUUGCCAAGUAUACCACCACAGUCUGAAUUGGAUUUAGUGUUUGACACAUCAUUUGCUGAUAUCCAACCAUACUUAUUUAAGACAAAUUAUCUAACCAGUGGUGCAAGUAGCCCAUCAGUCGGAUCAGCUGUUCAAAAACUUAUACGAGAUACAUUGUCAUUAUCGUAAC